AUGGUGAAGGAAAGAGUCAGAAAGGUAGGCACCAGUAUAAGCAGCAACCAAGUGAAUGCGCCAAAGAUGAGACAGGGCUUCUGGAUACUAGAGAACACAUCCACUGCUCGUUUCAGCUGCUUUAUACUGGAUGCCACUGUACCAUAUGCAUUAGCCACCCUUCAGGCACCCCACGGGGAAAGGAAAGGACUCAGGAAAAAAGCCAAGCAGUGGAGUGUUGUUACCCCAAUAUCCAUUAUGCACAGAAAAGCUCACAUAUCCCAGGGAUUCGAACAGGGGCUUCAAAUUGGUUGUGGAGGAUCUCAAAUGACAUCUGGGCCUCAAUUUCCUCCCUGUGGCAUUGAGAACUUGUGGUUAACUCUUUGGGGGCGGGAGGGGUGGCAUCUCCCUUUGAAAACUUGUUGGCGAUGGAUCCUCACUCCCCUAAAAUGCACAUCCCCACUACUUCCUGCCUACGAUUUUGGGGAGUUUGGGGAUUUCCAACUCCAAUCCAAGGUUCCUUAA